GCCUAUUCAGUGCACCUCCUCGCGCCCCGCCGGCUGUCGGUCGUCUCGAGCGCUGCUGAGAAAGACGCUGAAGCACCAGAGGAGCGUGAGAGGACCAGCCGGACCCGGGCUUCUUCUUCUCCUACUUCUUCUCCAUCUAGUUUAUGGUGUAGUAGAGACAGCUGAGCCAUAGUUCAGUUUUUUCACCAGCAAGGUGAGGAAGAGGAAGAGGAGAGGAAGAGGAGACAGACAGACAGGCAGGCAGCAGCAGGAUCUUGGCGCAUUGGAGCUUAUGGAUUAUUGAGAAGUGGAGGCCGAAACGCGGAUCAAAUAUUCAUAAGGACUUUUUGAAGAGAAAAACACAUAGUGGGAUAGUGCAGAGAUUCCCUGCAGUGAUUCACCUGCCCGGUCCAGCGCUACACGCGCUCACUGACCAGAGACCAGAAAACCAGCGCUGCUGCUGGAGAAGGAUUCUGCAUCUCGCGCACGCGUGUGUCUGAGUGAGUGUGUCUUAGUGACUGUGUUUGGAAAGGACCCCCCCUGCUGCAGUACUUGUCUGCUAUAGCCUACUGGAACAGGGAUGCCACCGACUUACUGACGGACACCCCCGUAUCCGCACCCCUUCCCUCCUCCCCCUCCUCCCCCUCUCCCUGGACGCACCGACCCCAGCGAUCCCCACUAAUAUGCAAUGGUUUUUUGUGCAGAAGCCGACAGCUGCCGCGUACCGCCGACUUCACGCUAGCGCCGCCGCAUGCUUGUCCGCCGCUGCCGCUCCUCUCCCCGUGCCGCGCGGCACACGACGCCAUUUGAAGAGGAGCGCUCGGGGGCUUUUCACGCCGCGGCGGCCGGGCGGCUGCAGCAGCGACUUAUCCUCCGCCGCUGAGGACCACCGGCCGCUGGGGCAGCGUGAGGUGGAGACCGCAGAGAAAAGCGCCUCAGCGGUUUAUCUUUUCCUGUCGCACGGAGACGACGUCGGCGCGGAAUACGUGCGGCUGCUGGUCUCUGAGCUUGCGGAGGAUCCGGGCGAGAAACCGGGCGACGAGCCUGACUUCCUGCUCUUAUUUUUGUCUAUGGUGCAGAUUAGGGGGCCGAAACACCGCCGAACUGAGCCCAUCAGCUGGCCGGCUCUGCUGGCAUGCAAACAGGGGGGCGGAUCAGCCCCCAUGCGGUGGGUGAAUUUUAGGCUGCCGCAUCCGGAACGCCUCUCGUCCCCCACAUCCUCUUCCUCCUCCUCCUCCCCCGUCUCGGCCAAAUCCAUGCGGUUUAUUUGGAACAACAUUUUCAGCAAAGGAUCGCAUAUGCUGCAGUGUCUUUGUGGCAAGAGCCUCAAGAAAAACAAGAACCCAACUGAACCACAGCUGAAGGGCAUAGUGACCAGGUUGUUCUGCAGGCAGGGCUUCUAUCUACAGAUGGGCCAGGAUGGAAGUAUGGACGGGACCAAAGACGACAGCACCAACUCCUCUCUGUUUAACUUAAUUCCUGUGGGUCUAAGAGUCGUGGCCAUCCAAUCAGUCAAGACUGGCCUCUACAUUGCCAUGAACGGAGAGGGUCAUCUCUACUCAUCGGAACUUUUUACAGCGGAGUGUAAAUUUAAGGAGUCGGUGUUUGAGAACUACUAUGUGAUCUACAGCUCUAUGCUCUACAGACAGAAGGAGUCGGGCCGGGCCUGGUUUCUGGGCCUCAAUAAAGAGGGACAGGCCAUGAAGGGCAACAGGGUUAAAAAGACCAAACCAGCUGCACACUUCCUGCCUAAACCUAUAGAAGUUGCAAUGUACCGAGAGCCUUCGUUGCACGAUGUUGGGGAGGCGGUGCCUAAACUCGCCGGGGGCCCGCCUUCCAAAAGCACAACCAGCGAACCAGUGGUCAUGAAUGGAGGCAAACCAGUCAACAAACCAGACAAGGAGGAGACAUAACCCCGCCCCUCUUUUUACCCUUCCCUGGCCAACCAGAGACCAGGAAAUGCCCCAUAUGACAUAAAGGACUUGCCCCACUGCUGCACACUCAAAAAACUAAACUGCAACGAAAAGGUAACCAAACAAACAGCUAAAGUUCUGACUGGUCAGCAGUGGGGCCGCAUGUCCCGCCCCACCUCUCUCCCUAUUGGACGUAUCUGGUGUUGUGGGGCAGAGCCAGAAGGACGGAGCACUGUGACCGGUGGCGGGGGGAAGAGGAGGAUGAAGACCAUAAAGUCUGGCCAAUGCCAGCCAGAUAUUUUGGAACUUUGACAGUGGCAUGCCCUCAUAGUGGGAGAAAAAAUGACUUCAAAACAAAUAUAAGCAAAACAAACGAAACAAAAACAGAAACAAAUGUCGUCUUCAGUGGUAUAUUUUUCUGUGACAAUCUGUAAGAAUGUCGCCCCUUUUUCCUCUCCUGGUAGUACUCUUUUCUGUUGCAAGGUAUGCUUGCUUGCUGAUGGCUACACACGCUAAUUCACACAACUCCCAGCCAAAAUCGAACACUUGGAUUCAAUCUUUUAGUAAAUGAAGAACAGAUUAAAAAAGCAAACAUCAGACAAAGAGAACUAUUUAAAUACCUGAGGAUGCUCAUUCAUCAAUUAAGAUUUGGCACAGGGCAUUCAGUAUAAUGAAAUGCACUUAAAAAUGGUCCUGUGUAUUACAUACAAGGCAAACACAUCUUAUAACCGGUCCCUAGUUUUAAUCACAUACUAGAUAGUUGUUAAAAAGAGAGACAUUACAUGGCUUAAAUCAUGUUUGUCUUUUCCGUGUUCCUUUAUUAUAUAUUUAGUGGGUGGUUUAUUAUUCUGCACACAGAACACUAGUGAUUAUCAAGCUACAUUGCUGUACAGACACUAAACAGAUUUUAUUGUCUACCUAUCUGUCUAACAAGUUUUUUUCCUGUCUCUUUACGAAUGUUAGGAUUUCCACAUCGCUGAGACGUGUAGCUCAGGAGAGUAGGUGAACAGUUGACGUGCCAAGCAAAGACUUUUGCUAUGAAGUUGCUCAAAUUAGUGUGUAGCUGAGUGCUGAAACCACAAAUUCCCUGUUAGUAGCAUGGACUGAAAAAAAUGAUGCGUCGCCACUUCCUCCCACUGUUCACAAAAGUGAAGCCAAAAUAUCCCGGGAUACAGGUGCUGCCAUCUUGUUAUUUUGGAGCCAGAGUCUGCACAGCAGAGAUUGGGCGGUGGAGCCGCGGUAUGGAAGGACACCAAUUGUGAGUCAAUCAAAGCUGUCAAUUAUGACGUUUCACCCUGUUUUUAUAGCAUCUUACAACUAAUAAAAACCACAUUGAUCAGAACAAUUAACACAGACGUGUUAACAUCAGCGUGGUAAGAACUACCUAAAAUUACCGGAACCAUCUUUUUGACUUUUUAGUUUGGCCCGUGUCUAAUCCGCUAGUCUCGCUUUGCCAGACCCUCCUCCAAAACGCGCUGGAGGAGAGUCUGACUACUCCACAUAGCAUUUGGGGAUGGGAGGAAAAGGGCUGUGGUUUAUUAGCAUUUCUUUAAACCAGUCACAAUCGUCUUGGCUGUUGCUAAGCACCGGAGAAAAGCCGCGCUGCCGCUGCAAAAAAAAGGCUCGGAAGGAACUUGUUUUUGUGGAAUGUUUAAAAUUAGUUUUAGUCGUGCAACAGAAAACUCAGAUUGGGCAGAUAGUCUAGCUAGCUGUCUGGAUUUACCAUGCAGAGCUCUGAGAAGAGGUUAACCACAGUCCUAAAAUCUCAACACAAAGGAAGCCCAAGGCAACAGAUAUCCGGCCUAAAUGAGUAAAAUUCUGGCGGGAACGGAUCAAUCCUGAAAGUGGAACAUCAAGGAUAUAGACUACAAAGCCCCUCACUUGGAGGUGGCGGGAUUUUUGCCCUAUAUUACAGUCAGCCACCAGGGGGCGAUUGAGAUGUUUUGGCUUCACUUAUACUGUACAUUCUAUGCAUCAACCCCCGGUUUGUAGCAACACGGAGUGUACAGGAGGCAUGCUGGUGUCCAAGCAGCAUGGUAGCAGUCAGUGUUUACAUGGAGUAGCAGAUAUUGUAGAGGGUCAAACCUCAAGAGCGGUCAGAUGGCCUCGUAGUACUUUUUCUCGCUGUUGCCUUUCCAAGUACUUGAAGUUAAAGGUAGUAAUGAGGGUAAUGAUUAACAGGGUAAAUGACGAUAAAGCCACUGUGUGUAGAAAUUUCCGGCUUUUUAGACAGCCAUGCACAUCACAACCCUCCCACAGAUCCGACCUUGACCCGAGCAAAGUAACUAAUAACUAUAGUUGUCAAAUAAAUGAGGUGAAGUAUAUAAUAUUAAUAUCAAUAUCUUUGUAUCUGAAAUGUAUUGGAGUAAAAGUAUGAAGUAGCAUAGCACAGGGUGAAUAAAAACAAUGUAGUUACUUUCCACCACUGGAUGCAGAUCUGAUCACAUGCAUAUUCAUGCAGGAGGACAUUUUAAUGUGGUUUCUGAAACCACCGAAAACAAAUGGCAUGCAUUGAUUGCAGUGUCAAAUCAAUCUACUGAAGUAUGGCUUUGUGAAAUGACACCAAAUUUCCCAUGCUUUGCCCUCUCACUGUGACAUUCAACACGGCACCAAUCUGUUCUGGGCCUGAAUCCCGUUCGACACCCAGGCUUUCUGUUUACUCAUCUUUUUAGACAGCAAAACAAGACGCCAAUUAACUCUUAGCAAAGUUACACAGUAGUCCGUCAUAUCACUGAGGAUACAUUAAUACUGUGAUCCCCCACUGUGUAUUAGUGUCAAAGACAAUGAGGCAGACACAAAUGAAUAUGUUCAGUAAGAAACAGAAACUGUGCAUCACUCUUGCUUUCAAUCCCAAUUUUGGGUAAAGUUACCACUUUGAAUUUUAAUCAGAUCCUGGAAAAACUGCCAUCUUUGCUGAAGAUGAAUGACCUCCACUGAUGUUCCCAAGACUACAAAGAAACAACACAGCAACCGCCCUAGAAAAAAAACAAGGAGGUAUGAUUAAUCCUCACAGUUGUUCCGAAAUUAAACAAGCACCCUCAGCUUCAGCGACAGGUGUGUGUCUGCGUAGCAAGUGAAACACUGCACUGCUGCACACAAGUGAAGCCACUCUAACGUUGUCUAAGGUUGUCGUGCUGUGUUGUACUGGACAGAGGAUACACUUUGCUACUGAAGAGACUGUGAAAAUACAAGAUGGCUCACAGUGUUUCUAAUUGGGUGUUUUCACAUUUGGUUCUCACACACUCCACAUUUUUCUCUCCUCAGAUCUCAUUACUUGCCUUCAUGUUCAGAUAUGUGUGACUGGCCAUUUCACAUUACAUGAACUUAUCUAGUCUAAUGUGCCCGUCCUUAACUACUGUUUUGAAAUAAAUAAAUCUGAGAUUACUGAUUACAAAAAUUGGUUCAUUAAAGCCAAAAUGUAACUGAAAUAUGUGUGAAAUGAGAAAUUUAGCAUUUUAAGUUUCUGCAUAAUCUUGAUGCUGAAAAUCUGCAAGUGCACGUAAAAUGUAAUUCUGCUGUUGUAUCAUCCAAAUAUAUAUAUAUUUUUUUUUUGCUGGGUAGUGCUGUAGAUUCUUACUAUAAGAGUGCCUCUCAUUCCCAGCCAAGCUCAAGAUGUGAGAUCCAGGGCGGCUUGUAGAUUUGUGUUAAAUGCUCAUCCUUCCUGGGUACCGGCAGGGCUUAGCCAAGAUUUUCCAAAUUCUCAAAGAUCACUUGACUUCAGCUCUGUCCUGUCUAAUGUUACUUUGUCAAAGUGGGGUGACGGUGAUGAGGAAAAUGUCUUUAGACCAGCGUUGUGCUUGUCUCACGUCAAAGAAUUGUGUAUGUAACAUAAUAUUGUUGUGUCACACUAGGGGUUACUAGCAAAACAGUAAAAAAAAAACAACAACCUGACAAUCAGGUCUGUAACCGUCUUUUUUAUGGCUUAAUGUAUGCUGUGUUGUAUCAGCUGCCUGUGUCUAAGGAGCCACUUUAAUUACAGUAUAGAGUGCGAUGUUUUUGUACUUGCCUGAGCAAACAUUAGGAGAUACAAUCGAGACUCCAAGGACAGCAACUGCUGCUCACUGAAUGAUUAUUAAGCAGCUAAUGUCUGCACUGCUGUCAAAAGAAAAAGAUUGACUUGGCAAAAGAACCAAAUCUUCCUCCAUUUAGAAAGGCCCAGUUUGUUAGGUUAAAAGUAGGGUUCACCUGCGAAAGCAGCUACAGAAGAUCUGUGGCACAUGCUUAAGAACUGAUGAUGGUUUAAUCCAGAGAAAAAAGGGCCACUGGUUUCCUGGCUGCUGACCAAUGACACUGCUACAUUAUUGUUUCUAGGCUGGUAAUCACAGUCCUGGUUUAAACAAUGAAGGCGCAAUUACUGUCAGUGUCUCCUGAGAGAUUUCUCUCCACUGGUGGUUAGCCAGGAACCAAGGCUACAAUUACGAGAUAUCUAACGGUGGGCUCUGCACAGGAAGAAAGCAGCUGAUUUAAUUAGAAGUGAGCAAUCACGACAACCUGGGUCACUUUUAAUUUCCACAUACAGGUAGCACACGUGUUCUCACGGAAGGUACACAUGUAGCCAUCUUACUCUGCCCUGCGUAAUCUGUAGCUCUGAAAUCAGAAGGCACAAAAUGGACAGAAGACAAAAUAGGACCAAAAAAAAAUGCAUUUGUGACCUGACCUCUGCAGUACAGGGGCACUUCAGAGACGCAGGAACAUGUAGCCUAGUGGUUAGCACUGUACUCAUGAUGUAGCUGGUGUCCCUCAGGUUUUCUUUGCUGUUUCUUUUUUCCAUUCCACUUUAUUCCCCUGACAAAAAGACUGCCUUGUUACAUCUGAAUCAAAUGAGAGUGUAAACGCGCUCUCCUCCCAGCUGUUUCUUUCUCUGAACACUCUCAUCCCACACUCACACAGCACACACACUUUAUCCUAUUUUAAGUUUCAAUUAUCCUUUGAUCCCCAAUCUUCUGUUCACUGUAACUAUGCUAGCUUUCGCUCUCUGCUCGUUUUGUAAUCACACAGCCAUAGAACUUAUUCCCACCAACUCUUUUCUCCCCCUCUCACUGUUUGGACUGUUUCCCACUUGUUGCAUGUUUUUUUAAGAGAGGAAAGCUGACUGGUGCAAAUGCAUGUGGUAAUUUAGGAAAUGUGCUAUCAAAACAAAACAAACAUUUACAGCGUAGCACCAGUAAAACGUUGCAUCUGGCUCAUCUCUGCCUUCGGUUUGCACUUGUAGAUAUUUGUGUCGUUUUUUUCUCCCCGUGGCAUCAGAAGCAACUUACAGAUACAUAUUGUUUUUGAAGCAUAAUCCAUCAUUGCAAUAGUGGAGCAAAGGAAGAAUGAAUCAAAAUUACUUUGUAUCACUAACAUUGUUGCAUUAAUGCAUGUCUUGCGUAUAAUACUUUCAGCAGAGCAUCAAUAUUUAAUUCUGGUGGCUGAGAGCAAGAAAACCAUAAAAUGAAAAAAACAGGAACAAGUAAUUAUUUGAUAUCCUUUGCUGCUUCUUUUAACAAUGAUGGAUUGAGCUCAGUGAGUUAUUUUGAAUGCUGACUGAUGUAGAAAUAGAUAGUGGUAACCAGCCCUGAUUGAGGACUGUCAUACUGUAUUCAGUAGAACGGUCUCAGACAUACGAACACGCCAGAUGGAAGGCCGUCUUCUUGUGACUUUUAAGGUGGGCAAAAAUGGUGUUAAAGUAACAAAACAUGCAAUGGAGGACAAAGGUCUUUUCCAUUAAAAUCAAAAGGCGCAGGUUUUCUUCCUCGCUCACCGCUGUUAGUGCCGCCACCGGUGGUCAGAUGGUGUUUUACUCCAAUACUGGAGCGGCACUCCAGGAUCACAUUUUUUACAUGGUUUAUAUUGACUUCAAUAAAAGAAUUAUGACAUGAUGCUGUUUUUUCCUACCUUUUAAGUCACUAAGAAGAUUUUUUUACCAUCCAGUGACUUUGUAUUUUCAACAUUAUUCCUGCAACAUAUUUCAGGAGCAGCUCUGUGACUAAAAUGUCUUGGUUUUUAUUCUUACCAUAUAUAAGGUCACAGUCCUAGAACAGGUCUAAUGGAAGCUAGUGCCCACAUAUAAUGAGAUGUUCAGUCACAAAGUGAGACUGUGAUUAAUUGCAGGACAGAAAACACAUUAAAUAAAGUCAAAGAUUUACCACAACCUGGUGUGUCUUACUAAUGCAAACCGUGCCAGCUACGAGCCAAAAGCAAAAUGUUACUGGUGCUAACCUAAAAGGAGAUUACUCUGUCUGUCAGUAAAUGUACAGUUACAUACAUAUUAUGCAAACAGUUUGUCUGCACUGUACAGUUUGUGUCCAAUCCAUUGUAUACACACAGAAAACAAUAUUGAAUAAAGGAUUUAUAGAAAGGA